AUGUAUCCAAAUCAUAUGAAGCCGAAGCAUCACUUCCUAAUUCACUACGCUCGAAUUAUGAAAGCGAUUGGACCUCUCCCUCAAUGUUUUUUCGUAAAAAUGUCUCGUCCGAGAACUCGGAGUGUGGCAGCUCUUGAAGAGCUUUAUAAACAUGGAGACGUAGAGGAGGAAGAGAGUGCAUCCGAUAAUGCUAGCGAUACAGAUGAUGCUGUGGACGAAGUAGCUGAGAGUUCUCAUAAUUCAGAAACAGACGCUGAGAGUUACACGGAAAAAAUUAAUUCAAAGGGUAGAAAUGCACAAGUUUCAUAUACGCCUGCGCCUAAAGGUGAUGCAAUGUAUACCAGAUCUCCCGUGGAAUCUUGGGCUAUCCUGUUUUCUAUUGAAAUCUUAGAAAUUAUUCUCAAACAUACUAAUGAACAAAUAAACAGGCGAAUCGGUGAACUUGAAAGAAGGCAAAUGGUAAUUGAUACAUCACUUCUCAAAGUUACAGACAUUGUGGAAUUAAAAGCUGUUUUUGGAUUAUUGUAUUGCGCUGGCGCUCAUAAAUUAAUUAAAUGUAAAACGAUGAACUGGUGGAGUGUUCAUUCCAUGCCUUUAUUCAAAGCAACGAUGUCAAGAAAUCGUUUCACAUUUUUAUUUGAUUGUUUACGGUUCGAUGACAAGAAUACUCGAAACGAGAGGAAACCAAUUGAUCGCUUCACGCAUAUUAGAGAAAUUUGGGAUUUGUUUAUUGAAAGGUGCAAAAAUAAUUACGAACCGUGUAAAAACAUUACCAUUGACGAACAACUGCUUUCCUUUCGAGGUCGUUGUUCUUUCAAAAUGUAUAUACCGUCGAAACGAGACAAGUAUGGUUUGAAAAUUGCCUCUAUGAAUGAUGCGGAUACUCACUACAUGAUAAAUGCGAUUCCAUAUUUCGGAACUGUAACUGAAAGGGUAGAAAAUGAACCUAUUCCUACCUACUAUGUCUGA